AAUGUGUAGGCAGGAGUAAAAAUUCAAGAGUAUUACCUUUGGUUUACUGUUUGAUGACCAGCAAGUCAGAGGAAUUCUACAGGCGAUUGUUUGAAGAGCUGAUAGAUUUUGGCAAGGAACAUAACAUAGUUUUGGACCUGCACGUAGUUUUGACCGAUUUUGAGGCAGCCGCAAUAAAUUCUGUCCAAUUGGAAUUUGAUUUUGUCCAGAGUAAAGGUUGCCACUUUCAUUUUUCGCAAUGUAUUUAUUGUAAGGUUCAGGUCUAUGGACUUGCCUCAAGAUACGCUGCAUAUGAAGAAUUGAAAACUAAUAUUCCAGCCGAAGCUAGGCAUAUUAUUCGUUGGUUUGAAGAAACUUUCAUUUAUGGUAGAGUCAGGCACACACAUAGAAGUAGAAAUAUCAGUAGGAGAUGGGAUGUAUUAGUAGGUUGUGUGCAUGCGGGGAUUUUUAAAAUUUUGAAAGAAAUCCAGAAAGAACAAAAUAGAGUUGAGCUUGACAUCGAAGCAAUUUUGCGAGGUGCUCUGAGGCCACCCCAAAGAAGGCAUACCAUUGAGCAUGAGCAACAUAUACAAACAGUGUUUAACGAUCGUGGUAAUAGAUCUAUUAUGGAGUAUCUUCGUGGGAUUGCCCACAAUCUUGCUUUUUAA